GGUAUGGCUAAUACUUCAUCUGCAUGCUGCUUUUCCAUAUCUUGUUCCUCUUCUGUUCCUUUAACAUUACGUUACAAACCUAUUUGUAUUCAUACCCAUCAACAUGAACCUCAUCAACUGACUUUACUCUAAAGAGAACACUAAAGAGAGCAAAAUAGCCUGUUGAAUAUAUGUGCUCUGCGCUGCCUGACUGUAUGGAAAGCGAACUGAAGUCUAGUCUCUCCACUGGGUCCCGACGAAGGCGGCGCUCUCCUCAACACUUCACUGAGGGGAGAACACGAAAUGUGGACACUGGCGAACGGACAGACUGUGACUACUGAUGAUGGAGCGACAUUUACCUUAUCUGCCUUUAGAAAGUCAGUUCUUUUAACCCUUCGGUGUCCUCUUGUGGAGAGGAAGAGCUGUCAUGGGAGACGCGCGGCACUUCGCUCGCGUCUGGAUUGAUGGAGAACCGCGAAACUUCGCAGCGGGUGAAGAACAUCACGAACAUGCGUGUCCAGCGCGGUAGAACGAUGGAACGCGGACGCGAUACACUGUAACAAAGACUCCCAUUAGGGACCAUUACAGACCAGCCUAUGCCAUGAGGACUCAGAAGUCCCGCGGCCGGACGUCAGCCACACCUUCCCGCCAACGCUUGCCACGUUUCAGUCUUCACUCCAGGAGAAAGAAGGAAGGUGUAAUCCAGGGAAAACUGCGUAUCCGUUCCAUGCCGGGUGCCUUUCUGGUGCUUGGGGUGGUAGUUGUUGUUGUUGGCACCGCGCUUGCCGUGGCAGGCUACUGGCCGUACAGGGCCCAUCGAUCAUCAGCGAACACCGCAGAGGAAGGAUCCUCUGGAAGUGCAUCAGGAUGGGGAUUAGGGUCCAAAGGACUGUUUUCCGCAGCGAGUCUGGUUCAUAGCGAAAGGAUGAAACUACUAGGACCCGUCAUCAUGGGAGUGGGACUCUUCAUACUUAUUUGUGCCAAUACGGUGCUCUAUGAGAAUCGGGAUAGGGAAACUCAAAUGCUGCUUGCGCAGAUGCGGAGCGUCAUUUGCUCUGUUUCUGCAGCCGUGCCUUCGGCAGACCUCUUGCAGGUGAACUCUCUUGCCAGGCAGUACCAAUGGGUCAGCAGUUUACCCGCAGCCCACCUGAACAUCCUCUGCCUACAGGAAAUGUCCAGUUCGGAGCCUCUACUCCAAGUGAAGAGCACAGAUGAGGAGGACAGUGUUCAGCAGCAAGACACGGUGCACACUGAGGUUCUUCAUCACCAGGACUCAUCCUCCACGCCCUCGAUUCACUCCUCCAGCUCUUGCAACAACAGCAAAGAGAGAGUUUUUUGCACCGAGGAACAGGGGACCAACUCUGCACUGGAUCUGCGGCAAGAAAGCCACUUUGGACUGAGCAACUGUAUGACCGCAUCCUCUAUGUCCACACUGGGUGGGGAGGACUUGGAGAUCUUCUCCAUCCCGCCCAGACGCUCCUACAGCAUGAGCCACAGGACUAAACCUCAUUUACUGCCCAGGGAUCUGGUGCAUCCAGAGGACAAGUCCGUGUCUUUGACGGGUCACCAUAGACUGCUUCCAAGACAGUCCAGCUCAGAGGUGUGUGUGAACAUGGUUGGAGUUGGGGUUGCAAGCCUGGACCUUAUACCUGUGGAAGAGCAGAGGCACCGCAGCUGGCCUCGGCUAGACCUCGGAAGCGCCAGGAAGUAUCUCAAGCUGGAGAACAAAGAGGACUCUGUUGACAAGUUACUGGACCAGCUUGAGCAGCAAUGCUUGCAGUUGAACAAAAGCUACGGCUCAGGUCCCUUCCAGUGAGCCGUGGUUUAAUCAUUACAUCAAGGUUAAUGGCUUGCCAGAUCCCGCGGUAAUAAGAAGGAGUGGUAUGCACUUGGAAUAACCCAACCUACAAAUAGGUUUCCAGUGGAUAUUCUUUGCACAGUUUCCGGAAUCCCUCGAGGCCAACUGAUUUGCUCAUUUCCAAGACCUAGCCAUUUAUCUCACUUGACUAGUUUUGGAAACUAGCUUGUUCGGAGAUUGUGGAAUUGUAACACCGGCUGCCCUUGACGGUAUGGAAAUAUAAACACACGUCUUGAAGGAAGCUAGAGAUGGAGGUAUUUUACAGUCAUGGGAAUGUGCUGGAUGAUUGGAUGGAUCCCAAUUGGAGGGAUCCGUAUGUUAUUGUUGCUGAAGCCCUACUUGUUCCUAGGACACGGCAAGCAACAUUUCUUAAUCAGCGAGGUAGAAUAAACGAAGACCUCGGCAGUGACUAGAUUCAAAGUAAACACAUUUCUGACUUCCGAAUUCAGGUCAGCCAAAAGCACGGCUGUGGUUUUGAUAGAUACAAGGGCCAAAAAAUGAAGAAUGCUGGUUAUUUGACCAAAACAAAACGGAUUCGUCCAAACAGCCUGUCUACUAUUGAAUGGUCCAUUAGAGUUCAUUUAUAUGGUUAAGGUCUGUAAAUCUUUCGUCUAUGGUUUCCCUGAGUAUCUGUUCUUCUUGUAUUUCACCUUUCUUCCAUCUCAGUGAAACAGAAGCAUUGACGAUGAGAACGCAGUGCCCUCCUGGCUUCAUUAACUAAGGUGAUCGGUGUUUUUGCAUGCACUAAUGCGGGUACAUAAUUGCUUUCCCUUUAAAGGGUGGAGCUGGAGCGAGCCCCUCCUCUUUGCAGUGAGAAUGUGUAACUUCACUCUGUUUACAAAAAUAAGGCAGUCACCCUGUCUCUAUUUCGUCCGUGUAGCCUGUUUUUGGUACGCCGUGUUAUUUGCCGUGUGUUCUCAAUGUAUACUGAGCAAUAUCCACAGUCUGACUGACCAAUCAGAGAUCAGACCCUUUACUCCACCUUUGAACUGAAUUCCAUGCCUGUGUUGCAAAUAAAAGGCAGAAAAAAAAACACUUUAGAUCUAAGUGUUUGUUUGCUGUGUGUGAUUUUACAUGGAUGCAAGGUGGCAUCAGGGGGGUCAAGGUGUGGUUUGUUAGCUGCGGCAUUUUACCCCUGUUGGAAGAUGCUAUAGCGGAAAGCUUCUUUCUCUGUCGAUGGACACUCACAUUUUUAGCAGUGGCAGUUUUUCUAGUUCGAAUAUACAGUGAUCCAUCAUAUGACAUUUUCAGCUCAGAGAAUUGUGAAAUUGAGUAUAUAUGAAGGUGACAGGGCACAGGUUAAAAAGUAUCUUUUAGAGUGACAUUCAAAUUUGCACAAACAAUAGCAUUUUUGUAAUAUGUGCAUACUGCAUUGCAAUUUGACUUCUGUCUUACAUCACAGUGCAUACUGUGAUUGUUGUCCUUCUUCUGUGUUUGUAAGCAUCCGUAGUCACCAAAGGAGUUGAGUUGUGUUGUUGCACACAGACAAUAGAAAAAAGGCUUGUAUAAUUUAAUUUACUUGAUGGAGCAUUUCAUUAACCUAAAAACUGAAUUCAUAAAAAAUGAUUAACUUACUGUUUUAACUAAACUUUAACUAUAAAACUAAUUUAAGUUCUAUAAUAAUUCAGAAUUAACGCAAAGACAGCAUUAAACACCUGAUUUUGGACAGGAAUCCCUGUUGUUUAAAGCUGCAUACAUUCAGCGUAAUGGAGCAGAAUUUUGUUAGAAGUGUAUGUGCGAGGAUUAUGGAUGUUUGAUGUUUGCAAGCACUCGGCCAUACGGCCUUAAAAGCAAGGUCUGAUUCAGUGAUGAUGGAUGAGAGAUGUGUUUAAGCUGAAUAUAUUUCCAAGGUGCUUUUAUUGAUAGAUAUUACUUUUCCUUUUACCCAAGUUUAUGAAAUGAAUUCAGCUUGAAACCAUUCAAACUUGAUACUUUUCAACGCAUUUGGAAACAAAGUUUGAAAUGCGCUCUUUCAUUGUUAAAAAUGUCAAAUGGUAGUUUUACUGAAUUUGCAACCUGAUUGGUCUUUUUGUUCUAUCAGUCUUUCUCUCUGUAUAUUCUAUCUAUAUUAGGGUUUACAACUUUUCUAAAUAUGAUGUUACUUUUCAUUUAUGUAUUUAUUUUUUUUUAGUUUGCUACCUAGGAAAUGCAAAUCUAGAUUUAAUUUGGAACAUCUUUGUCACUUUUAUUAAUAGGGACAAUGGAUGAGAUAAACUCCAAUUCAUACCACCUGCAUGUAACACACUGUGUUUUUAAAGUCUUAAAAUAUAGCUUCCAAAUGAUCUACAGUGCUUUUUUUUAUUUUAGAAAAUGUCUUGAAUAGAUCUGCUCCCAAAUAAAAGAAUAUGGAACUAACUUUUUCUGUAACUUUAGAUCACACUGCAAAAAAAAAAAAAAAAAAAGCAUUUUU